CCAGCGUAGAUUUUAAUGCAGUCGUUCCCUUCUCUUCCUCUUUUUGACCAGGCGCUGGUGCUCACUCCAACCAGGGAACUGGCGAUCCAGGUGGCCAGAGAUUUCAAAGAUGUAACCAAGAGACUGUCGGUCGCUUGUUUUUAUGGUGGAACCGAUUACAAACCACAGAUCUUCAGCAUUCGCAGUGGCAUUGAUAUCCUGGUGGGCACCCCGGGCCGUAUCAGGGACCAUCUCCAGAACCAGAAGGUGGACCUGUCCCAAGUGAAGCACGUGGUCCUGGACGAGGUGGACCAGAUGCUGGACAUGGGCUUCGCGGACCAAGUGGAGGAUAUCCUCGGGGUCGCGUACAAGAAAGGUGGGUGGUCACUGCGGUCGUGCUUUGGGUCUUCUUUCGAGGAACAAAAAGAGCGAAUGUUCUACUUCUGGUGAAUCUGUAGUGUGAUGGCGUGUCAUCGUCAGUGUUAAUUGUGUAGUUGUUUGCUCCCACCAAAUGUGUUGCACAUCAAGCCAGGCAAGCGAGCACCUUUCA